AUGCAAGUGGUAGAGGCGUCAUUGAAUAGCGGUCCGCUGGAGGCUCCUCGUUUGUACCAGCCACUGGCCAGCCGAGUGGUUCAGAACUGGGGUGCUCCAAGUGCGGCUCCCAUUGCAAACGGCUACAGUCAAAAUGGGCAAUAUGGAGGGGCGAGUGGCCAGGGCUCCUGGAGCCAGAACUGGGGACAAGCACAGGCUCCUGCACAAGCGCAGUCUGUUGGACAAGCGCAGUCUCCAGGACAAGCCAAGGCUGCUGGACAGAGCGUCGCUGUACAAGCGCAGGUUGCCAGUACUGCGCUUCAGCCAGUUGCAACAGAAGACACCGGCCGAUACACCUGGAGGCCCAACAGUCAGACAUCCCAGCUGCAGACGAGCACCCUCAGUCAAUCAACGACCACGAGUCAGACUAUGAGCACUACCAGCAAGACAACAACCACCUCGAGUGACACGACGACCACCCACAGUAAAUCCACCAGUACCAACACUCAACCCACAACGCUCCAGACUCGCGUCAGCCAUAAGGCGACCGCCACCGCAACUCAUGCUGCGGCGACCAGCACUGGCACAGGCCAUGAUGCACCUAGCAAGCUCGACACUAGUGGAUAUGCGGCAAUUGCGGUUUGUGCUGUGGUUGGACUCAUAGCUGGCUUUGUUCUGUUUUCAUUGUACAAGAAGCGGCGACGGGCCACGACAGCAGCCAGGGACAGAGAGCUCAGAGAAAGAGGUGGGGGACCUAAGUCUGGGCAUUUGGAAACAAACAAUAGCUUGAAUACCCUGCCCCACUUAUUCCUAGCAAGCAAAACAGCACUAUUCAGUGUGGUCUCUUUGCGUUCAUCCAACGAGAAAGACGACGUGAGCAGCGACCGCAGCGCAGAGGAGAGACAGAUAGCAUGUACUCCCCGUGCUCAGAAUAUGAGGUCUCAUCACGGCAUGGUGAAGGAUGUCAAUACACCGGACAAGAGCCAUGGUGAUAGCGGCAGCAUUUCCGACGCCAGCACUGUCGCCGGUACUCCCUCUCGUCAUCCAACGUUCCGGCCGCCUACCGAACUCAACUACGAUGACUGCAGUUCAGCUGACGAUAGCACUGACGAUGAGGCAAGCGAUCGCCGUCCUGGAAUUUAUCGGCGGUUAACAGAGCGCGUCGCAAACAUUCGACCAGCCCGUUCAAAAAACCCCAAACGAGGCCAUCGCCACUGCCGUAGCGCUCCCAACGAAAUCAUUGUCGAUGGGAUCACAUCGCACCGUGUCGAACUGAAUCAGCCCCAUCAGAGCCAUCGCCGUCGUAGUACCCCUGACGAUUCUACUGGCCAUAGUAUACCCUGCCACUCUCCUGGUCUUCGCCCGCCCAAACAGAGACAGAGUAACAAUGAGUCUCGCAGCACGUCAGACGAUGAUACGGACCAUGCCACUGACAGCCUCAAUAUUUCUCGCAGCACGUCUGGGGACGAUAGCGACCGUAAUACCCCUUUUCAGCGCCCUCAACUCAAAACAAGGGGAAGCUUUAAGGAAGUUGUCACUGGUCUUGCAAAAAUGCCCCGAAUGGCCAGCAGAAGCUCGGUGUACAAAGGGUCCGCGUCAUCCUCAAUUGAAGAGAAGGAUCGAUCAGGGGCGAAGCUCUCGACGAUUCCUGAUGACGAAGACAAGAGGAUUAUCGCCUCCUAUGCCCCUUCUACAUUCAAGACAUACAAUGUCGACAUGGACCACACUCCUGUCAAUGAUACUCAGAUUAAACUGGCUGUUGGUCAGUCGGUAACGAUCUACCAGGUCUAUGACCACGGUUGGCUACCAGAAUGCAAGCGAUGUGACCUUGUAUCCGCCGCAGAUGAACGUCUCAGGAACGUCGCUCAGCUCCUCGCGACCGAUGUCCCCAAUCACUCGCUUUUAUAG